AUGCCAUCAAUUGCACCUCCAGCAAGACGAAAUGCUAGCCGAGCACCUUCCACCUUACUCGAUAAUGAUAUGUCCAUCGCCUGGUCUUCCUCACCUUCGGGCCCUCCUAUAAACUAUGGCCAUGCCCCUUCCUCCCCCUUACCACAGCACCAGCAGCUUCACCACCACCACCACCACCACCACCAACAGCAGCAGCAGCAACAUCAUCAGCAUCAUCAACAGCAAUCUCUUGGUAAUGGUGUCGAUACCGAAAGCAUGCCAUUGCCAGCAAUGGCUCGCUCUUCUGCCUCUUCUGCCUCUUCCUCUACUACUACUAUUAUUACCACCUCUACUACUUCUACUUCUACUUCUACCUCUACCUCUACCUCUACUAACUCUACUACGGCCGGCCCUUCUACCCAAACCCCAGCCAAGCCUUAUCACCCCGAGUGGGGAGUCAUGAAAGAUCAAGACUUUCAUCCUCUGACACACAAGCAUCAGCGCGAUCUCGAAACCCUCUAUCAGUCUGGAGCACCCAUUGCAGACUUCUUUUUUUGGCAGGCCAAUCUUGGUGGAUAUUGCAUGGCAAACAUGCUCCAAAAUAUCGUUGUCUGGCCAGAAGGUGUCUAUGCUCUUGAACGUCGUAUUGUUGAAGGUGCACCUCAUCCUGGCCGAAAAAAGAAAAAGAGUGCGGACUAG